UUAAAAUACUAAAAUAAUGGCAAACCAACUGGGGAUGGUAGUUUUGAUGGUGAUAAACUAUAUAGUAAGUGCAACAUUAAUGAGAGGCAACAUGUACAACGUGUGUCCAGACACUGUAGACUAUACAUAUGGCUCUGUUGUCCAAACUGCAGAGAAGAUAGACAGCAUGAUGGUUUGUGCGACUGAGUGCGUGUCCAGGGACUGUCUCUCAUUUACCUUCGACAACCAGACUAAGACUUGUCUCCUGAAUGCAGCUGUACUCCCACUGGUUGAACCAUGCACCAAUAACAUUAAAUAUGUUGAAAAGUAUGUGCCUUCACAUGAACGCUGCAUCGCUGGCAUUAAUGAUGUGCGACUGUGCAAUUUGACUGAGAACUUUUCUGGUAGGGUGGAAGUUUUUGUUGAUGGACAGUGGGGCACAGUCUGCGAUGACUACUGGGACGACCUGGACGCAGAAAUAGUCUGCAAAAUGCUCGGAUAUGAGUAAGUGAACCCUGCUAGCUUUGUUCACAUAUAAAAUAAAUAUUAAUUCUUGCAGUCAUCAAAAUUAAAAUUUUAGAUAAAAAAGCCAGAGUUUGUCAUCAAAAAGUUUCAACAAACUGUUACAUAAAAUUCAGAAUUUGAAAAAGCCUGGGAAGCAAUUUACCAGUGCAGUAAUUGUGGGGUGUCAGAAUGUCAACCACUGUUCUUGUAAUUAGUGGACUUUUAGUGCACAUUUGCACCAUUCCUUAAAACGUCUGGUAAGGGGCAAUCGUCUGCAUAUUUUGGCCAGGGAACCGAUAAUAUCCUGCUCGAUGAUGUCAACUGCAUGGGGUCCGAGAGUUCCAUCUUUAAUUGUCCUCACAUUGGGAUCAGCGAUCACAACUGCGACCAUACUGAGGAUGCAGGGGUUGUGUGUACCUAACACUGGCACAUGGAAAUGCCAUGUUGAAAACUGUGUUGUGAAUAAAUCAAUUAUUGCAUUGUCCAUCGGGCUUUGGCUUUGGAAGAAAAAUAAAAUACAAAUAGUAGAUGUAGUGAGGUAGCUGAUAAAAUCCUUGACUAAUUUCACAUUUUGUUUUAUCAAAAAUGUAACUAUUUCAUUUCAUGUAAUAAGUAUAUGAAAUAUUAAUUCAUCAUUGUUACUACACAAAUCUUGCAUAAUAAUGCUUUAUAUGGUUGGUUUAUAAUGAUUAUGAAAAAAUAUUGACAUAAUUUGUUUACCUUUUUUCAAAUUAUCAGAAUGAUUUUUUUAGGAGUUUUUUUUAUCAAAUGCAUGAUUCUUAUUCUAACAUAGAAAG